UCUCGCAGAAUGCUAUUUUGCAAGCGUAAAGACUGUUCAACAACUGAACUUUCCUUAAAAAUCUUGCCUUUAUACCCGUUGUGAGUCUCUAAUUUCAGUAGCUUAGUCAUUUAAAGGCCCAUUGUUUUUCAGAAAGACAAGGAGCCUACAAAAAAUUUUAAAGUUGUGAAAAGAAUAAAUGAAAGCAAAGCUACCAACAAACAGAUAAUACCAUCGGAAUUUCUUAUUGGGUAUUAAUGUGAUUGAAAAAAAUAGACUUUUCAUGGUUUCAGAAUUAUAUAAAACAAUACAGAAACACAAUAGAAUCAAUCAGCUAGAGAUUGCGAAACUAUAACAAAAAAAGGCAUCACUUGAACUUCUCUGGAAACGUACCCAUAACAACUUCUAUUGUGAAAGGAUGCCAGUUGUUUGACUCUAUGCAAGUCCGCCGAAAGCAAAAUGUUCAGGGUCAUAUUUCUAACAGUGAAACAGGUCAAGAAAACAAAGAAGCAGGUUGCCUCGACAAUAAAAAUUUCGGCAGAUACUAGUUUGCUAGCUAGACUUUUUUCGCAGUUGUUCAUGCAAUAUCCCGAGAGAGCGUUAAUCGAAAACUGAUGCUUCAAGCAACAUAGCUAUUAUAAAUCUAUACCAUACAAAUGACUUGAGAGGACCACACAGAGAUGGUACUUGAGCACAACAUUUCAUAUAGCAGCUAUCUCCUGACAUUAAUGACGCUGAUUUGGAAGUGUAGUGAGUCAAUAAUUCUACGGAGGCCAUGUGAAUCAUAUGCGAAUUUCAAUAAAACAGUGAGCAAUGCUGUCCUGCCAGGCCCUUUUCUUGAGAAGUUUUCAUUCGUACGAGAGGAAGAAUGCAAAGAAAGAUGUAUUAAAAACAGCAAAUGCAACUCUGUUAAUUUCAGACUAAAUGGUGAAAAUACAUGUCAGCUUAGUACGGUGUCGGUCAUUGAUGGCCAAGACCACGUAAAACUGAUACCGAAAUAUGGCUGGAACUUUCUCACAAGCGACUAUCAAAGUACACUUGUUGGCCAUACAUGCCACAAACUAAAGCCAUGCAUGGAAACUGAUGUAUGUCUUGACAAUUGCAAUUGUCCCGGCUACACUUGUCACAGAUGUACCUCGGCAGAUGUGUCAAAGUGCCUACUUAGCACUGUGCAGCCAGAUUGUGGUAGUUUACGCAAAGCUGCAUCGAGAAAAAACGGCAUUUACUCACUUCAAAUUGAUGGACUGCGUCCGACCGUGAUCAAAGUUUACUGUGAUAUGGAGACAGACGACAAAGGAUGGACAGUUAUUCAAAGACGAAUGGACAACACAAAUUUUGAUCGUUUGUGGGAUGAUUACAAAAGAGGCUUUGGGGACAUGUCCGGUAGUUUUUGGCUCGGGCUUGAUAACAUCCAUGCUCUUACGUCACGAAACCAAUCAAUGUUGCGAGUUGAAGUGGUUCAUGAGCAGAACUCAAGCCACUUACUCUUUGCAGAAUACUCUUUUUUCUACGUCGGUAACGAGGCUUCGAACUAUGUACUCAAUGUAGGUGGUUUUCAAAGAAAAAGUACACUGCCAGACGCAUUAACAAGCAAUUCAUGGGGAGGUAGACUUAAUCACAAUAUGCAGCUGUUUUCAACAAAAGACAGAGAAAAUGAUCCCGAGCCGAUUUCCAAUUGCGCUGAAGUCUACAAAGGUGGCUGGUGGUUUAAUGAAUGUUAUUAUGCACAUUUAAACGGAUUGUUUUAUGAUUCUUCAAUUAAUAUAGACUGCAAAGAUUGGAAAAUAUCUGGAAGGUAUGUAACAUGGGAGGGUUUAGGCGAAUGUUUUGGAGGGAUUCUUCAUAUUGAAAUGAAAAUUAGAAAUGAAUAUAACAAUUGAAGUUGAAACAAUAGAAAAUAGUAAUUAAAGAAUAUAAAUAAUCAAUAAAUUUAAAGUGAAAUGUUCGCUUCUUAAAAAUGGUACUGAUAAAUUUGAAAUUAUUGUUCAAAGACGACGCGGUAAAAAAUUGCAAUUAUUCUGGAACGCAUAUAUACAUAUACAUUAUGUACAAGGAACAUUUCAGUAAAUCAUCAUCUCCUGAAGAGUGAGUUAAUCACGAAACAGGCUUGUAGAGAUAGAGCAUGUAGUCUUAUUUUCUUCUACCC